AUGCCUGGAAUGGUCACCACUGAUCCCGACGAUAAUCGCAAGAGGAAGCGCUCGUUGCAUGGCACCAGCAGCACCAAGGCCAGAAAGGCCCCGAAAGUUACGACCACAACGGAUACUCGUGAAGCCCAGAUCCUGCUCUUGGAACAGCAGAUCGUCGCAUCUCCCGCGCACUAUGCCAAUAUCGAAAAACUGCAAGGCUUUCUCGCCGGCGGCGAGCAUUCUACACUUGCGGCCGUUGCUCUCUGUCGAGUCUUCUGCCGCCUGAUCGCAGGAGAGCAGCUGGAGAAGGACAAAAAUGCUUCGGACCAUGCCGCACAGACUGUGCAGUGGCUCAGAGGAUGCCUUCGUAAAUACGUUGCGAGUCUGUGCGAUUGGAUUGGGAGCCCAGAUGCCACAGAGGAGAACACUGCGCUUGCACUGCUGAUGAGGAUCGUCAAGGAGGAGGCUGCAGGGACCAGCAAGACUGCGGAACAGUCCUGGCGCAACGAGAAGGCAACAUUUCAGGCCACGGUCAAGGCGUUGUUGAGCAAGAAGGAGGCGGAAGGUGCACGGCUACAGUUUGUGGAGACGCAUGUGGAGGAGCAUGAUGAUGUGCGCUUCUACACUUUCGUUGCCGUAAGGAACCUCCUGAGCGAGUCGAAUGGACCAGAUGUGCUGGACAAUGCAAUUGAAAUGCUAUCUCAGAUCGAAGGCGUGCCUGAGUCGGAAGACCAGCUGGAGGAUUGGUAUGGAGAAGCUCCCACACACAAGAGUCCACUCUUGUCGCUGAACGCACAUCGCAAGGCGGCUCGCGAGGCUUGGAUGUCAAUAUUCCGUGCACAACUCUCUACAGAGCAACGAAAAAGCUUGCUCAACAUCACCACCACUCAGCUCUUGCCCUGGUUCACCAACCAUAUCGAGCUGUUGGCAGAUUUUCUCACGGACUCUUUCAACCAGGGUGGGGCCACGUCACUUUUGGCAUUGAACGGCAUCUUCAGCCUGAUGACUGUGAAGAACCUCGACUAUCCAGAAUUCUACGGCAAACUUUACAGUCUUCUGGACGAAGAUGUGCUCCAUAGCAAGCACCGCAGUCGUUUCUUCCGCCUUUUGGAGACCUUCAUGAGCUCCACCCACUUACCCGCGUCUAUGAUUGCAAGCUUUAUCAAACGACUGUCAAGACUAGCGCUACAAGCUCCGCCUGGAGCUAUUGUAUGGAUAAUUCCAUGGAUCUACAACCAGUUGAAGCAACAUCCUCCGUGCACAUUCAUGCUGCACCGAACCUAUCAUCCUGGACAUGCCAUUUAUGCUGCGCACCCAAAUUAUACCGAAGAGGGCAUGGAUGACCCGUUUAUCAUGUCGCAGUCGGAUCCAAUGCUCACACGUGCCAUUGACUCUAGCUUGUGGGAAUUGGAGACUCUGCGGAACCACUUUCACCCGAACGUGGCCACGUUGGCGAAGAUCGUGGGAGAGCAAUUCACCAAAAGGGACUAUCAACUGGAAGACUUUCUUGACCACUCAUACAGCACGCUGAUAGAAGCCGAGGUCGGCAAGGAGAUGAAGAAGGCGCCGAUAGUGGAAUGGGAGAUUCCUAAGCACAUAUUAUGCACCGAUGAGGGAGGCCUGAACAGCAUAGGGACGUUGCUGCAGAAUGCGAUACAAAUGCCGUAAAUGCCGUAGAUUUCCAAUAUAAGCCAA